UUAGGCGUCCCCGGGUGUGGUGCGGGAGGCCUGCGGCUUGGUGCACUGCGCUCACUUUUACAAGCACGACUUCCUUCACCUCAUAGAGCCCGGUCUAGAAAUAGCAUUUGGCGGUCAUUGACGCACUAAACGAUUUUUAGCGCUCGUCACAGUCAAAGAAAGCUGCCAUCUGGUGCUGUUCGGAGCCGUGAAGAUGGAGUUGAAGACUCGUUUCUCCGCUGCACACCCUAUGCCUUGCAAUACUAUCUGCCUGAAAGCUACGUCUAGUGGUAGUUCAUGAUAAAUUGCAUUAAUUCAAGCUACAAGUAGAGUACUUUCUACAGUCUGUGAUAUAGUUUUGCAGGUGUGUAGCUUUUCAACAUGUCAGAAAGGACUCCCGCUCAGGCACAGAAGUCGGCUCCUGUUCGAAGAAGUUUGUUGUCAUCCCUCCGAUAUGAACAUUUGUUGGCUGGGAUGGCAGGUGGAGUUGCCUCAACAUUAAUUCUUCAUCCACUGGAUCUCAUCAAAAUAAGAUUUGCAGUUGACGAUGGCGUCAUCCGAUCUCGACCGCACUACAAUGGCAUGCUGAACGCGUUCGGCACGAUCUUCAGCUCGGAGGGUGUGCGGGGCCUGUACCGGGGCGUGACGCCCAACGUGUGGGGCGCCGGCUCCGCCUGGGGCCUUUACUUCCUCUUCUACGGCUCCAUCAAGUCGUACAUGCAGGAGGGCGACUCUCGGCGCGACCUGGGCGCACCGCGCCACAUGCUGGCCGCCUCCCAGGCCGGCAUCGCUACCCUGGCGCUGACCAACCCCAUUUGGGUGGUAAAGACCAGGCUGUGUCUGCAGUACUCGUCCGACGCCGCCAGCCUGCCCGAGAGCAAGAAGUAUGGCGGUAUGAUCGACGCCUUCCGCAAGACGUACCGGCACGAGGGCGUGCGCGGCCUCUACAAGGGGUUCAUCCCGGGCGUGUGGGGCGUGUCGCACGGAGCACUGCAGUUCAUGGUGUACGAGGAGCUCAAGUCCGUCUACAACCGGCGGCGCGGCAAGACGAUCGAUGCCAAGCUGUCGACUCUGGAGUAUCUUCAGUUUGCGGCGCUCUCGAAGCUCUUCGCGGCGUGCGUGACGUACCCGUACCAGGUGGUGCGCGCCCGGCUGCAGGACCACCACGUCGAGUACGCCGGCUCUAUGGACGUGAUCCGGCGCGUGCUGAGGGAGGAGGGCUGGCGCGGCUUCUACAAGGGCCUGGCGCCCAACCUGACGCGCGUCGUGCCGGCCACGGCCAUCACGUUCGUCGUGUACGAGACGGUGUCGGGCGCGCUGCAGCGGCGCCGGCCGGAACCGACGCCCGCGCCCGCGCCGCCUUCCCCGACCGAUGAGUAGUCCCCGCCGCCGCCUGGCCGGUCGAAGGGUAGUUAGUCCCCGCCGCCGUCCGGCCGGUCGGAGCGGCUCAGGACCGGCCUCUGGACCUGUCCGCCCCCGAGGCGUCCUGGGAGGAGCACCGCCGCGGACCAGGCACCGAGAGCGAGGCGGUCGGCGGGCAGCGGCCGCCGCGGGUGUGGCCGCCGUUCGCGUGUACCCCUCGACAGACACGCCCGUGCCCGUGCUGCAUGAGGCGAUCGGAAGAGGGGCGGUGACCUCCGAGUCUUCCGUCUAGUCUUGCAUACUGCGUAGUCUCUCGUGCAAUGGUAUGGUUUAGGGCGUUUGAUCCCCGUUGUACCUGGCCGAGAUUUUCGCGAGAAGACUCAGGAACGAAAUGACUGCCUCGAGACAUUUUACCAUGACCACUGGUAUGAUGAACGACGGAAUGUCUGAGUUUGUCCCUGUGCGCGUGGACAAGUCCUGCAUCUGGCAACAUUUUGCCGCGACCGUUAGUAUGAUUAUGAACCGGGCUGGGUAUCUGAUGUUCCAAUACACGCGAACUGAUACCGCA